UCAGCAUACGAUUGGGUCGACUGAUGCCGGUAUUUUCACUACACAUUUGUAUUAAACAGAAUAAUAGAAAUUUUUGAAAAUGGCCCAGACAAGUAAUGAUGUUAAAAAAACAAAGGAUGCUACAGAGCUAAAUGAAUUUGAUGCUGUUUUUAUUGAAAUUGUUGAAACAUUAACUAAAGAUGGAAAGGAAAACUGUGAAAUCUCUGAUGCUUAUAACUGGUUUAAAGAGGCCCUUGAGUAUAAUGUACCACAUGGCAAAAAGAACAGAGGUAUAUCAGUAGUAACAUCUUUUAAAAAGUUAGUGCAAGAUCCUUCUGAGGAGGACAUAAAACUAGCCCAGAUCAUGGGUUGGUGUGUUGAACUGUUGCAAGCUUUCUUCUUAGUGUCUGAUGACAUUAUGGAUCAUUCAAUUAGCCGUAGAGGUUUACCUUGUUGGUACAAAAAAGAAGGUGUUGGUCUAAUAGCAAUUAACGAUGCAUUUUUUAUGGAGUGUUCCAUAUAUAAAUUAUUAAAGAAAUAUGCUAGUCACAAGCCAUAUUACAUCAAUUUGGUAGAGCUCUUUUUACAAACCACACUACAGACUGUUACAGGACAGUGUCUUGAUUUGAUCACAGCACCAGCAGAGGCAUGUGUUGACUUUUCAAAGUUCAAUAUGAAAAGAUACAAUGCCAUUGUCAAGUGGAAAACAGCCUUUUACUCUUUUUAUUUACCUGUUGCUAUUGCAAUGUAUAUGGCUGGUAUAUCAGAUGAAGAAACUCACGGAAAAGCGAAAACAAUCUUACUAGAAAUGGGGCACUUUUUUCAAGUUCAGGAUGACUAUUUAGAUUGUUAUGGUACACCUGAGAUCAUUGGCAAGAUUGGAACUGACAUACAAGACAACAAAUGUGGCUGGCUGAUUGUGAAAGCUCUAGAGAUAGCUUCUGAUGAACAGAAAAAGGAACUUGAGGCCUCUUAUGGAAGAUGGGAUGAUGAUGCUAUUGUCAGAGUAAAAAAUAUCUACAGAGAGCUUGAUAUAGAAGGUGUGUACAAACAGUAUGAAGAACAAAGCUAUGAAAGUAUUACACAAGUUAUCAAGUCACUAGAUUCAGAUGUUCCCCAAGAAGUCUUUCUGGAUUUUGCAAAUAGAAUAUACAAAAGACAAAAAUAAACACUGCCAUUGUUCGUCCACAUAGAAAAGUGGUAUUAAUAAAUAUUCAAGAUUUCUAAGUUUUAUUAGCUGCCAGACAUUAAUUUAUUAAACGCCACAUUUUUCAAUAAAAUAUUAAGUGUACUAUGUAUUAACACUUUUUAUUGUUUUACACGUGGACAUUUGUCCUGAUUUUUAAAAAGGUUUUGCAAAUAUUGUUUUAAUUUUUUACACUCAACUCAGUUAUUUUGAUGUAUACCUUGUUUAAGUCAUGUGUUAUUAAAAGGUUGAUGCUACA